UUUGGUGGGCAUAUAUAAAGUUUGGUGUGAGGGCUUUUUGAGUCUUUACUACAAAAUUUGUUUCAAACUAUAGUUUGGUGAGAGACUAUCUAGCUACCUAAGCUUGUGUUGUGUUAGUGACAUGGGUAGACAACCCUGCUGUGACAAGCUCGGGGUGAAGAAAGGGCCGUGGACGGCCGAGGAGGACAAGAAACUCAUCAGUUUCAUCCUCACUAAUGGCCAAUGUUGCUGGCGCGCCGUCCCCAAGCUGGCCGGACUUCGUCGCUGUGGCAAGAGCUGCCGCCUUCGCUGGACUAACUAUCUUCGCCCAGACUUGAAGCGAGGCCUCCUUAGCGAAGCCGAGGAACAACUUGUUAUUGACCUCCAUGCUCGUCUUGGCAACAGGUGGUCCAAAAUUGCAGCAAGAUUACCAGGAAGGACUGACAAUGAGAUUAAAAAUCACUGGAACACUCAUAUCAAGAAAAAGCUUCUCAAGAUGGGAAUUGAUCCUGUCACUCAUGAACCGCUCCAGAAAGAAGCCAAGGCAACUGAAACAUCCUCUCAUGCAGAUGAUUGUUUGCCGGAAUCCGGUAACCAUAGCUCGCAAUUACCGGAAGCUAAUGGCACCGCCAGCUCGGAAAACUCUGGCUCACCAACUGAAAAUUGUUCCGGCGACGAGUCCCAUUUGUUUGAUAACACUGUUUGUGACAAUGACCCAUUAAUGAGUUGUUUGUGGGGUGAAGAAACUUCCCUAGUUGAUGGGCCGUGGGAGAUUCCGACCACCGGACAGAACUUCGACAAUACCAGCUUGCCAUCCUGGGAUGAAAAUUGUUCGUGGCUACUGGAUUGUGAGGAUUUCGGUAUUCAUGAUUUCGGGUUGGAUUGUUUCAAUGACUUCGAAGUGAACACGUUAAACACCUUAGAGAUGGGCAACAAGCAAUAAUCUGUACCAUGAUGGGACUUAAAAAAAAAAAAAAAUGUUACAG